AUGGAGUUGCCUCAGGGUUUCCAGAGGCAGGGGGAGAACAAGAGGAAAUAUGCCCUUGAGUUAAUCUCAGAUUGUGGGCUGAGUGGUUCCAAACUAGCAAAUACACCUUUGGAAGGUGGAGUUAAACUAACUACUGUUGAACAUGAUGAACAUACAGGGGUAACAAGUGAUCCUUUGCUGAAGGACGUGACCAGCUAUCAGAAAUUAGUUGGGAGGUUGCUGUAUCUCACAACCACCAGACCAGAUAUUAGUUUUAUUGUACAAACAUUGUCUCAGUUUAUGCAAAUGCCAAAGACUUCACACUGGGAGGUAGCACUAAGGCAAGUCAGAUACAUUAAGAGGUGUCCAGGGCAAGGCUUACUACUGAGCAGUGAUUCAAGCAUAAAAUUGCAGGCUUUUUGUGAUGCAGAUUGGACAUCAUGUCCCAACACGAGAAGAUCAGUUACUGGUUACGUGAUCAAACUGGGAAACUCUAUCAUUUCUUAG